AUGCCGGUUACCAGGUCACAGAAGGAUGCUCCCUCAUGUCCCUGGUCCCGUCCCUCAGAUAAGGACGCGACAGGCACUACGACCACAGAGGAUACCACCACGACAGAGACCACGGUUGCAACUGCCACCACAGCGGCGUCCGAGGAUAACGGACAGAAGGAUGAAGCCGCACAGAAGGAGACGACCAAGAAGACUCCAGUGGAUAUUCCAGACAAGGGCGUUCAUGGCUCUGCCACAACCCUUAAGCCAAAGGGGGUCAGUCAUCGCGCCAGGUCCAUGAAGACCACGAGCUCCUCAGCCAGGAGACGGGAGCUAGAAGCCAGAGAAGUAUUAGCACUUUAG